GGGGCUCCGGCCAGCUGGUGGAACCACCUGCACUUCCAGCAUCACGCCAAGCCCAACUGCUUCCGCAAGGACCCCGACAUCAACAUGCACCCCUUCUUCUUUGCCCUGGGGAAGGUUCUGUCCGUGGAGCUCGGGAGGCAGAAGAAGAAGUACAUGCCCUACAACCACCAGCACAAGUACUUCUUCCUGAUCGGGCCCCCAGCCUUGCUGCCCGUCUACUUCCAGUGGUACAUCUUCUACUUCGUGGUGCAGCGCAAGAAGUGGGUGGACUUAGCCUGGAUGGUCACCUUCUACCUGCGGAUUUCCCUAACUUACAUUCCCCUGCUGGGCCUCAAAGGCUUCCUGGGCCUCUUCUUCAUUGUCAGGUAG